UUCUCAUCCAUCUCUACGACUCUCUAUUUCUGACCGGAAAAUUGCAAUCGAUAGUGUAACAAUGGCAUCAUCGUCACCGUCGUUGAUUGUCCCUGCGUCGCUGUAUGUAGGGGAUUUGCAUCCGGAAAUCAACGAUAUACAAUUGACCAAUGCAUUCUCAGACUACAAGAGCCUCUCCUCCGUUCGGGUUUGUCGUGACUCUUCCACCGGCCGAUCUCUCUGUUAUGGCUAUGUCAACUUCCUCUCUCCACAAGAAGCUACACGAGCGAUAGAGGCUAAAAACAACACCAUGCUGUACGGGAAAAUGAUAAGGGUGACAAGGGCAAAUCGGGACCCUGAUGUAAGAAAUGGAAUUGGGAAUGUGUUUGUCAAGAAUUUAAAUGAGUCAAUUGAUAAUGUUCAACUUCAAGAAUUGUUUCAAAGCUUUGGGAAUAUUUUGUCUUGCAAAGUUUCCACAUUUGAGGAUGGCAAGAGCAAAGGGUAUGGUUAUGUUCAGUUUGAAUCAGAGGAAUCUUCAAAUGCUGCUAUUGAGAAUCUUAAUGGCACUAGUUUUGGAGGCAAGCAAAUAUAUGUAGGGAAGUUCAUGAAGAAGAGUGAUCGACUAUUACCCAGUCCUGAUGCCAAGUACACAAAUCUUUACAUCAAGAAUCUAGACUUAGAUAUAACAGAAGACGUUCUUAAGCAAAAGUUCUCUGUGUUUGGAAACAUUGUUAGCUUGGUUAUAGUGCAAGACGAUAACGGGGUUUCAAAAGGCUUUGGGUUUGUGAAUUUUGAGAACCCAGAUGAUGCUAAGAAGGCAACAGAAGCUAUGAACGGAUUAAACCUUGGUGCAAAGGUUCUAUAUGUUGGUAGAGCACAAAAAAAAUCAGAGCGAGAACAAAUUUUGCGUCGUCAGUUUGAGGAGUGGAGGAAAGAACAAAUAUCAAAAUACCAGGGUUCAAAUGUUUAUGUUAAGAAUAUCAACGACAACGUCACUGAGAAUGAACUGCGAGAAUGCUUCAGUCAGUGUGGCACUAUCACCUCUGCAAAAUUGAUGAUUAAUGACAAAGGGAUGAGUAAAGGGUUUGGAUUUGUCUGCUUCUCUACACCAGAGGAAGCAAACAAGGCUGUGAACACUUUUCAUGGAUACAUGUUUCACGGAAAGCCUUUAUAUGUUGCCAUUGCUCAAAGAAAAGAAGAGAGACAGGCACAAUUACAGAUCCAGUAUGCACAACGUUUGGCCGGAAUUGCAGGACCAUCUACUAUCAUCCCUGGUGGAUAUCCUCCUCUUUACUAUACAACUCGUCCCGGUAUUAUUUCACAAGUACCUCCACGACCGGGAUUGAUGUAUCAACCUAUGGGCAUAAGGCCGGGAUGGAUGCCUAAUACCUAUGCUCCUCCAACAAGACCCGCUGAAACAUCUUCUCUUUCUUCUAUUUUUGAUGGUCCAAGACUGCAAAGACAAAAUAGGGGAAGGAUGAAUGGACAUAUGCAUUCACAGGAUGGUCCUCAGACUGUUCCAUAUGUUUCCCACCUGCAACAGCCUGUUCAGACAUCAACUGAUUCUAGCAACCAACAGCGGGUAGGACAGGUUCGGUAUGCGCCAAAUGGGUAUGUCCAGGGAAGUAACAAAGGAUCAAGUUCUGCUGGACCUGAGAUGUUGAGUACUAUGCUUGCUGCUGCUUCACCCGAGAUCCAGAAGCAAAUUCUAGGAGAACGUCUCUACCCGCUUGUCAACCAAUUCAAGCCUGAUCUUGCUGCUAAGAUAACGGGAAUGCUGUUGGAGAUGGAUAACUUGGAGGUGCUAUUGUUGUUGGAAUCACCGGAAGCUUUAGCAUCGAAAGUUGAAGAAGCUGUGCAGGUGCUGGAGUUAUCUAAUAAGACGAAAGUAUCAAGCCAGCAGCAAGAAAGCCUUCACCCGAACUUGUUAUCUGCCCAAGUCGCAGUCAACUAAUUAAUACGAUUCUUGGCCACCAUCUCAAUGGCCUAGCUUGGUGAAAUCUAUCUAUUUGUGUUGGUAUACAUUAAACACAUCAAAAUUUGAUCUUGGCUUGAAUUGUUGCUGUAAACAUUGGCACCUAAGCCACACUCGUAGAUGAACUUAUGGUAUUCGAACUACAUUUUGAUCAUAACGUUAUUUGAAAUUUUGAUCGUUAAAUGUUGGCAGAUUUCUGAAUCGCCUUCAUGCAUUGUAGUUAACGAAGUCGAAGCCUAUAUAUCGAGAUUUAC